AUGGGUAAAAUUUAUUGUGAUAAGUGCCGUCGAAAAUGCCGCGGAGAUGUUUUGCGAGUAUCAAAUAAGUAUUUUCAUAAGGACUGUUUUAAAUGCACAAAAUGUAACAAAAGCCUUGAACAUGGCGGAUUUUUCGUGAAGGAUGGUGGUUUCUAUUGUCAGGAUGAUUAUCGGCGUUAUUUUAUUGCAAAAUGCAAAAUUUGUUCGGAGGAUCUAACUGGAGAAGUAGUGACAGCCCUCAAUUUCUCUUUUCAUCGAGGUUGCUUCAAAUGUAAUAAGUGUUCGAUCACGUUCCGUCCUGGUGAUCGCGUUACUGUUUGGCAGGAGAAAUUCUAUUGUCCACAUUGUAUCAAUCAAGUAUGCUGUUCUGCGACUGUUGGUAGUGUUCCUAGUAAGAACCUUCUCCAGACACCUUUGUCUGUUACUGAUGAUGAAGGUUGUGUCAGUGCCAGUGAUAUGGCAUCGUCACAGUAUAUUCAUGAGCAGCUAAUCGAGAUGAACCAACCGCAAAACGAUUUCUCGUGCAUUUCUUCUGCUGGACUUCCUCAAAAAUCAAGAUCUAUUCUUCGAAAACCUGUCAUAGAACAAAAUGGUCUUCAUGCAUCCAAGGAGAAAGGAUACUUAAGCACAGAUUCUGGUCUCGGAGAGCGUUUAUGCGAAGUAAGCCAUAAGUAUUAUAAAAAACCUUUCGCUCAUAUAUUCACUUGA